CCAACCUGAGUCUAGUGGACAGCUCACAGACCCUGUGUGCGCGUGCGAGUCCAGCGGCGCAAAGGCUUCCAACUGAGGUGAAUGUGAUUUUGGUUUCAAUGAAUUUCUCACUGGAAACCCGUGAUGAGGUGGCUCCUGCCUUGGAUUUUAACGGUAGCCAGCAUUUAUCAGACCCUCUCGCAGAACCUCAGCACCAAUCAAGUGGUGUCUUCAGUGGAGUUGUAUAACCGCACACCGGUCUGCAAAUGGCCAUGCAAGUGCCCCAAAAUUCCCCCAACCUGCCCCCUGGGGGUCAGCCUGCUGCUGGACGGCUGCGACUGCUGCAAAGCCUGCGCCAAGCAGGUGGGAGAGACCUGCAAUGAGAGAGACACCUGUGACUUCCACAAGGGGCUGUACUGUGACUACAGCGCAGACAAGCCUAGGUACGAAAAAGGAGUGUGCGCAUAUAUGAUUGGCACUGGCUGUGAGUAUGAUGGUGUCAUCUACCGCAAUGGCCAGAGCUUCCAGCCCAGCUGCAAAUACACCUGCCUUUGUGUGGAUGGUGCCAUCGGCUGCGUGUCGUCGUGCUCGAACCUGCCGCCACCCCGUGUUUGGUGCCAGGCUCCGCGGCGUGUCGCCGUCCCAGGGCAGUGCUGUGAGACAUGGGUCUGUGAUGACUCCCAGAGGACCCGCAAGACCUCCCCCAGACACGUUGCGGAGAUGCGGUCCCGCACCAGUGAGCAGCACAGGAACUGCGUCAGCCAGACCACCUCGUGGAGCCCGUGCUCAAAGACCUGUGGCCGCGGGCUCUCAACGCGCAUCUCCAACACCAACGCCAAGUGUGAGAUGCUGAAGGAGAGCCGCCUGUGCACCAUCCGCCCCUGUGAGGUGGACAUCACCAGACACAUCAAGGAAGGGAAAAAGUGUCUGAACAUCUAUAGAGAGCAGCACCACCAGAACUUAACUUUCUCCGGCUGUGUGAGCACCAAGGCUUACUGGCCUAAGUACUGUGGAGUAUGCUUUGCUACUGACGACCGCUGUUGCAUCCCUUACAAGUCUAAGACCAUCGAGGUGGAGUUCCGGUGUCCCAGUGGAGCUCUGUUGUCCUGGAAGAUGAUGUGGAUUAACGCCUGCUUUUGCAACCUGAGCUGCAGAAAUCCUAAUGACAUCUUUACUGACCUGGACCAGUUCUAUGAUCACAAUGAGAUUAUGAACUGAGCUCACCACAGAAGUCUCAUAUGACAUGAUACUGUCGAGGAUCAUGAAAGCAAAGCAGAGACCAUGUGAAAAUCCCUCCCUCCAGACUCCUUGCUGCCUUCCUUCUGAAUUUCAAUCAUAGUGAAAAUGUAUUGUAAUGUAAUUCAAGUGCAACCAUUUUUUUCUAUUAAUCUUAGAGAGGUUGGCAUGACGUGAACACAAUGAGCCAGGAGUUCAAACCUCUGUUGGAUUAAACAAUAUUUUAACUAUUAUAUACAACUUCAGAGAAAGAAGGAACCUCUUUACUGGAUGUCUUUUUAAGUUAAACAUUAUUCUAUCCUUUCCUUUUUUUAGAAUGACAUUAAGGAGCCAUGAGCCUUUAAAUAAUUCUACCUAUCAGCACAGUAUGGACUGGUAGGUCAUACGUUCUCUCGAAGGUGUACAGCAGACUUGGAGGAAGGCACUUUUUAAAGGUUCUUACUGUAUGUAGUUCAGGUUCCUAUUAGAUAACUCAGUCAAAGUGACUGUACAGUUCCUUGGCUCCUAUUCAAAGCCUGUGUCCUGGUUUGCCGGAGAGGCCCAGACAGGGCUUGACAUUACUGUGCUUUAACCCACAAUAAUAACAUUGUUUGUUUUUAUCAGAUGUGCUUGUGGGUACAUCUGAUGCACGCCAGAGCAAGAUCAGAUCAGAUCUGAUGAUGAAAAUAGAUAUACAUGAAUAA